CCCCUGCGCACCGGCCGGGCAGCCAGGCGCGGAGCGGGGUGCAGCAGCGGCAGCCUGGGGCGAUGGGCCUGGCCAUGGAGCACCGAGCGGCCUACUCCCGGGCGGGGGACAGUCCCCGCGGCUGCUGGUAUUACCUGCGCUACUUCUUCCUCUUCGUGUCGCUCAUCCAGUUCCUGGUCAUCCUGGGCCUGGUGCUCUUCAUGGUCUACGGCAACGUGCACGUGGGCACCGAGGCCAACCUGCAGGCCACCGAGCGCCGGGCCCAGGGCCUGUACAGCCAGGUGGUGGGGCUGUCGGCCUCCCAGGCCAACCUGUCCAAGGAGCUCAACAUCACCACGCGCACCAAGGACAACAUCAUGCAGAUGCUGCUGAGCGCCCGCCGCGACCUGGACCGCAUCAACGCCAGCUUCCGCCAGUGCCACAGCGAACGGGUCACCUACCUCAACAACCUGAGCUACAUGGCAGCCAUCAUCUUGAGCGAGCAGCAGUGCCAAGAGCAACUGAAGGAGGCCAACAGGAGCUGCGAGGCCUUGCGUCUCAUGUGGGACCAGAAGACCAAGACACUGGAAAUGGAGAUGGCCAAGGAGAAGGCUGUCUGCGCCAAGGACAAGGAGGCCUUGCUGGUGGGCAAGCGUGUGUCGGAGGAGCAGCUGGCGGCCUGCGGGAAGACCCUGGUGCAGCAGCAGCAGGAGCGGCAGCUGGCCGAGGACCGGCUGCAGAAGGUGCAGGCCCUUUGCCUCCCGCUGGACAAGGACAAGUUCGAGACGGACCUGCGCAACCUGUGGAAGGACUCCAUCAUCCCGCGCAACCUUGACACCCUAAGCUACAGCCUGGGCUUCCAUCCCAUGGGCUCCGAAAUGGCCGCCAUCCGCAGAACCUGCGACCACAUGCCCAGCCUCAUGAGCGCCAAGGUGGAGGAGCUGGCCCGGAGCCUGCGGGCGGGCAUCGAGCGCGUGGCCCGUGAGAACUCGGACCUCCAGCGCCAGAAGCUGGAGACCGAGCAGGGGCUGCGGGCCAGUCAGGAGGCCAAAGAGAAGGCGGAGAAGGAGGCCCAGGCCCGCGAGGCCAAGCUCCAAGCCGGAUGUGCCCAGCAGACCCAGCUGGCGCUGGAGGAGAAGGCGGCGCUGCGGAAGGAGAGGGACAACCUGGCCAAGGAGCUGGCGGAGAAGAAGCGAGAGGUGGAGCAGCUGAAGAUGCAGGUGGAUGUCAGAAUCUCCGCCCUGGAUACCUGCCUCAAGGCCAAGUCCCAGUCGAUACCCAUACCAAGACCUGUGGGCCCUGUCCCCCAGCCCCAGCCCAUUGACCCGGCUAGCCUGGAGGAGUUCAAGAAAAGGAUCCUGGAGUCCCAGCGGUCCCCUGCAGGCAACCCUGCAGUCUCAUCCAGUGGCUGAGGAAGCCGAGGAUUGAGGGGCGCCCAGCCCGCCUGCCUGCGGACAGUGCAGCGAGGACGCUCCUGCCCACAUCCCGGGGCCCAGGGCCGCGGCCAGGUGGCCCCCUCACACGCUCCAAGAGCCUUUCCCAGCCCCACACCGCCCCUAGACACGGCCAUGACGUCACACACAGCUUCAGCGAUGUCACAAAGCCAGGGACAUGUUCCACAGCAAGUCCAUGUUGGCAUCACAACAGCUGCAGCGAUGUCACAGACACGUGGAUGACGUCACAGUGAUAACUCCGCCACGCAGCGCCCACAGUACACGUUUCCUUUUAUCCUCACUUUGUGCUUCCCGGGGGCCAAGGAACCACAGCGUCACCACAGCCCUGUGUCCCCCCCCCCGCCCAACUUCCUUAUCUCCCUGCGCCUGGACCAGGAGGUGAGAACAGGAAGCCAUUCACCUCCAACCCUCUGAGAGUUUCCAGGCUGCCUUGAGAGUUUCUAGCUGCCCCUCCUUGAGAGUUUCCAGGCUCCCCUCGUGAGGGAGAGCCUGGUCCAGGGGUGAGGAUCCACCAGGGCACCCCGCAGCCAGUGAGGAGAGCACCCCCUUCCCUCCCACUCCUCUACACCAUUAUGAGACUAGCGGCACUUAAUAAAUGUUAGCAA